CACUAAUUUGAUGCAUGAAAAUCAUAUUUUGUUUUGAGCCAUGACAUAGAGAAAUUGAAUGAGCUUGUAACAAUAAAACCUAAGUCUUUAGAAUACGUCUUCAAAGCACCAAUGUCGCCAUCUUUAGCAACGUCAAUGCCAUUCUUGUGCUUUUUGUUUCUUCAAAGAACUUUUUCUAUCUUUUCAUUGGUUUUAGAAGAGUUGGUAGCGCCUGAGGUCCUACAAGUGGUAUCAGAGCCAAGGUCACGGGUUCGAUUCCCAGCGGGAGCAAUUGCUGAGGGGGAGAUUGUUGGCCAUGUGUGCAGCAGUUGUCCUGUGGCGGAGGCUAUGUGGGCUAAGUCACAGUCGAAUGUCGUGGGCGCUUGUGUGUUGAAUGCACUAUAAGGCUAGGGUAUGCGCCUCUUCUAACACCAAUUGGUUUUAGAAGAGUUGGUAGCGCCUGAGGUCCUACACUUGUUGUACCCACUUGAGUCUUGGUGAUUAGUGGAAGUUUGGGAGCCGUUGUUGAGCGGCCAUGGUUUUCACCCUGAUUUGGGGUUUCCACGUAAAUCGUGUGUUCUUUAUUUUUAUUUCCGUUGCUAUUUAUUCGUGUGUGUGCUGCCGAUUUUUCAGAGUUUAUUGUGCUUGUUAUUCAUCUCAUUAAUUUGGGGAAAAGAUUUUAUACGCUUUCGUGUGUGUGCUUCCCCAACAAAGUGGUAUCAAAGCUUGAUUAUUUAUUUAUUGGCUUCUUGUGUUGUUUAUGAUGGAUGACAAAGUAAUUGUUCAAGGAAUGAUUAGUUUGGACUCUACUAAUUAUUCAAUUUGGGAAAUUCGUAUUGAGAAAGCUUGGACUACCUUGAACCAGAAAGCUAUUGCAUCAAUCAGACAAUAUGUUUCUUUAAGUGUGUUGCAACAUGGUGCUAAUGAAACUAAUGUUUGUGAGAUGUGGAAGAAACUUGAAUCCAUGUACGAGAGGAACAAUGCUAUGGGAAAAGCUUCUUUGAUUAGGAAGCUUGUUAAAUUGCAAUACAAAUAUGGUGAUAGCAUUGUAGUUCACAUGAAUGAGUUUCAAGGUGUGGUAAACCAACUAGCCGGAAUGAAGAUGAAAUUGGAGGAUGAACUUCAAGCUUUGUUGUUGCUUUCCUAAUGCCCGACAGUUGGGAUACAUUGGUGGUUACACUUAGCAACUCUGCUCUGGAUGGCAAGAUGAAUAUGGAGAUGGUCAAGGCUAGUCAUUUGAAUGAAGAGGCUAGGAGGAAAGAAUCAGGUUACCCUAGCCAAGCUGAAGCAAAUGUGAUUCCAGAAUCUAGCAGGGGGAGAAGCAAGAGCAGAAAUCCUCAUUACAAAGACAAGUCCAGGGGGAGAUCCAAAUCUAGAGAGAGAGAUUUCCUUUGCCAUUAUUGUCAAAAGCCGGGUCACAUUGAGAGAUUCUGCAGAAAGAAAAAGAGGGACAUGUCUAGGGAGAGAAAAGAUAAAAAUGAGAAUUCCGAGCAUAAGCGAGAAGAAAAGAACACUUCAGCUUUGGCAUCUAAUGAUGAUUUAUUAUUUGUUAUCAGUGAUCCUGGAUUAUUAAAUUUAGCCUGUGAUGACCUGCACCGGGGGGAUUGAUUCUGGUGCAUCUUAUCAUAUUACCUCACACAGGGAGUACUUCUCAUCCUAUACUAGUGGUGAUUUUGGCCACGUGAGGAUGGGAAAUGGUGGUUCGUCUAAGAUCAUCGGUAUGGGUGAUGUUUGUUUAGAGACUUCCACUGGUUGCAGGUUGGUGCUCAGGGAUGUGAGGCACGUCCUAGAUAUCAGAUUGAGUUUGAUUUCAGCUGGUCUACUUGAUGAUGAAGGUUAUGCUAACCAAUUUUGUGAUGGAAGAUGGAAACUCUCCCAGGGCAGUUUGAUUAUGGCUCGAGCUACUAACUAAAAAAAAGGAUAAGGCAGCAACUUGAGGAGGAGAAGGCAGUAGCUAGCAGAGAAAAAAAGCAGUAGCAAAAACGCAAGAAAAAAGGGAGAAACAGAAUUUUCGUCACUUUGUGCAGCAGCAACUUUUUACCUCCGGAUCGAAGGCCAAACGAAGUCCGAUCGUGCUCAAAUUUUAGUAUGUUGUCCGUCACAUACUCUUCAUAUCCAACGGUCAGCUUCUCGUUUUGAUGCCAGAAGGCUAUUUUCUGGCUGCGUUUUUGGACCUGUGUUUUUAGGAGUUUUUACUCCGUUUUAUGGUGAAUUGUUGAUUGUUGUUGUUCCAAGGUUGCUCCUUGAUGAUUGUGUAUGCCUCUAGUGUUUACUAGAGAGGAGAACUUGUUGUACCCACUUGAUUCUUGGUGAUUAGUGGAAUUUUGAGAGCCGUUGUUGAGCGGCUGUGGUUUUCUCCCUGAUUUGGGGUUUCCACAUAAAUCGUGUGUUCUUUAUUUUUAUUUCCGUUGCUAUUUACUUGUGUGUUUGCUGCCGAUUUUUCAUAGUUUGUUGUGCUUGUUAUUCAUCUCAUUAAUUUGGGGAAAAGAUUUUAUACGCUUCCGUUGUGUUUUGUUCCGUGCUUCACCAACAAACUCACACAAAAUCACAAUCAAUUGCACGAAUUAUA